UCAGGGCUCUCCCUGGUGGUGGGCCUGGUGCUCUACAUCUCCAGCAUUAACGACGAGGUGAUGAACCGGCCCAGCGGCUCGGAGCAAUACUUCCAGUACCGCUACGGCUGGUCCUUCGCCUUCGCCGCCUCCUCCUUCCUCCUCAAAGAGGGCGCGGGCGUGAUGUCGGUGUACCUGUUCACCAAGCGCUACGCGGAGGAGGAGUUGUACCGGACCCCCGCGGCGCUGCUGAGGCCGCGGCUCAGCGCCUGCUCCGGGCUCUCCGGGCAGUUCCUGCAGCCCCGCGCCUGGCCCCGCGCCCGCAGCCCCUCCGACGCCUCUUCCGACGUCUCCAUCCAGAUGACGCAGAGUUACCCCCCCGCCAUCCAGUACCCCCCCCGCGGCCGGCUCUCCACGUCGCCGUGCUAA